CGCUCCAGUCUCUCUUGUCCGCUGAUUCGUUCAAUGUGUAACGAUAAAUCGCACGUCAUAAAAACGAUUUGUGUUUUUUCAUUGGGUUAAUUACAGAGAGAAGCUGAGGGUUGGGUGUUGCGAUUGUUGACUUUAGUUGAGUUUCUUUUUGAGUUGGGAAGGUGGUGGAGGCUCCACCGGGGUAUCAAGAUGCCGUUGAGCAUCAAGGUUAACCUCCGGGUAACCGGACACUGCAAUCAGGGCGGCAGAAAGUACAUGGAGGACAUGUUCAGUGUUGCUUACCAACAGACGUCCGAUGAUAAGGACUUGGAGUAUGCGUUUUUUGGUAUAUUCGAUGGACAUGGGGGUGGCGAGGCUGCCACAUUCGCCAAGGAACAUCUCAUGGAUAUUAUUGUCAAGCAGAAGAACUUUUGGAGUGACAAGGACGAGGAUGUGCUCAGGGCUAUACGCGAUGGUUAUGUUAAUACACAUUAUGCCAUGUGGCGGGAACUUGAUAAAUGGCCGAGGACAGCGUCAGGUCUGCCCUCGACAGCGGGCACGACAGCCAGCAUCGCAUUUAUCCGCAAAGGCAAGAUCUACAUCGGCCACGUCGGUGAUUCAGCGAUAAUCCUGGGUUACCAGGACGAAGGGGACCCAAACUGGAAAGCCAGGCCCCUCACCAAGGACCACAAGCCCGAAUCAGUUCCAGAGAUGACUCGUAUCCAGGAGUCCGGUGGCAAAGUCGUCUCGAAAUCAGGUGUCCCCAGAGUCGUGUGGAAUCGUCCUCGAAUCGGUCACAAAGGCCCAGUCCGUCGUUCCACCCACAUCGACGAAAUUCCCUUCCUCGCAGUGGCGAGAUCCCUGGGGGACCUCUGGAGCUACAACUCCGAGCUCGACACCUUCGUUGUCUCCCCCGAGCCCGACGUCAAGGUCGUCACAGUUGACGUCAAGUCCCAUCGCUGCUUGAUCUUCGGUACAGACGGCCUCUGGAACAUGCUGACACCUGAGGUGGCAGUCUCCCUGGUUCAACGAGCCGAGAGACACAACGAGAAGCAUUUCAUUGCCUCCCAGCAGACUGGCAAUGGCACUGACACCCAGAUGUGGAUAAAUCCAUCAAAGAGCCUGGUGGACUCAGCCCUGGAGCGAUGGUCCUCCACUCGUCUGCGAGCUGAUAACACAAGUGUUGUAACACUGAUGCUGGACCCACCAGGCCCUUCUCGAGGGGAAGUCCUUUUGUCUCGUAAGAAAGAGAAAAUGUCACUACCAAAAUCACCUCAACCACAACCUCAACCACGUCCUUGUGCAUCAGUCUACCCAUACAUUCGAGAUUUGUAUGCUGGUAAACCAGGACCACAGCCUGGACAGUCACAAGAACCCGCUGCAGUCCCUCAAACUGUGGAUCCAACUGGCGAUGCAACCGAGGGGAUUGCAUCUGAUUUUAAGAAUGAUCAGCCCCCCCAGUACCCUUCCUGUGCACAUCACACCCCUCCACAAGUCCCUGGAGAUACUCCAGAGGUUUCGAAAGCUCCAGAGGAUCCAAAAGCCUCGACUGAAUCAUCAGAACUCGUUGAAAAAACUGAAUCGUCCAAAGACAGCAACGACGUCGUCCAGUCGUCAAUAACGGUGGAGACCCCUUCGGUCGCCAAUGAGGCACCUGAAUCUCCGGUGGGAUCUCCAGAGGUUCAGAAGUCAUCUGCAGAGAAUUUGAAGGCCUCAGAGAGCAUUCAAGUUGCUGAAGUGUCUUCGAGUGAUGCUGCGACCUUCCAAAAUGGUGCUGAUGACUUGGAAGCCAAGAGAACUCUCGAAGAUUCACCAGAGGAUUCUGAAUCAGAGAAACCAGACUCUCCAUCCAAGGACUUGGAGGCUCUCUCCACCCAGACUCCACCUCUGAAUCAGUCCAGGAAACUCCUGAACCCUUCGAAUAAUCUUCAGAAAUUGCUGAUGUCGACGAAAUCAGAGACCUUCAAGAUCACGAGGCAGAGUGAUUUCUCGGGAUCUUGUGACGAAUUGAAGAAUGGCCCUAGGCUGAGAAAAUCCACACAGUUUGGUAUUCAAAGUAUCAAGGAAGUGUCCACGACAUUGACUACCAGAAGGAGAGCCCACUCGACGAUUUCGGAGAAGAGGGGGACUCUGUUGAUUGCUAGAAGUGCUAAGAGACGUACAGUUGUUGGUAAUCACUCCCAGAUGAUGCCAGCAACUUCUUCAUCGAGAUUGGCGGGGAAAAAGGAGGCAGAGGUGGCUGAUUGCAUGAGAGAAUCCGUUGAUUUGUCGGUGGAUCCCAUUAGAGAGGGCUCAGCUAAGAGGAGGCACAGUUCGACGUUUGAAAAGGAGGAGGAGAUGUUCGGUGUUCAGGAGCCCUGCUCGAAGAGGAGGACCAGGUCGGAGGACAGGAGGUGCCCGGGGGAUGAGAAUGAUCCUGACAAUCAGGGGAAGCAAGUGCCCAAGCAGCAGAGUCGAGUCAGAUGGCCGGCCUGUUCAAUCGCCUCGAAGACACGAAGUUCUACGCCGGGAACGUCCUACACUUCGGCCGGCACGAAGGACUCUCAUCAGGAAAAAAUGUCCCCUGGGUAUCAACGGAGGAGCCUGGAGAAGAAGGCGACCCCAGUGAAGACAAUCAGGAGGCCAUCGAUCAAUGGAGUUAAUCGUGUCCAACUGCGAGGAAGUUUUGCUCUCAGGGACUCCCUCAGCCCCUGGGACCAGUCCAAGGGCUCCAGAAGGUCCACCUACGGGGAGAGGAGGAGCACUUCCCUUGGGAGAGGGAGUGGAGAGCCCUCCAGCACACCUCAGAUGUGGCUGAGGUCUGACACCAUCGCUGCAACUCCAAUCAAAACACUGAGGUCCAGGAAUGUUGAUAUCACUGGGCACACGGUGCCUCCUCAGGUUGCCCAUCAGUAUGGAAUUGUCAAGCAGAACAGAAGUGUUGGGAGCAAGGUGACUAACAGUGGGGGCAAGGGAAAAAUUAAGCAGGGGACGAGUCUUGGGGGCGGGGGGAGCAGUGGAACUGUUGGUGGAGGCGUCGGUGGGAUUGCUAAGAGAGUCAAGUCUGUUAGUCCUUAUAAUCCCAGUGCUAGGUCGCUCAACACGAGAUCCAGGCUCAAACGGCUAGGGAAGUAAAUUUUUAUUUGAAUUCUGAGUUAUUGAAUUGUUUUUAGUAGUGAAGGGAGUAGAGGGGGAACUUUUUUGGUGGUAUCUCGGAAUUCAGGGGGAGAGGGGAGAUUUUUUUUGGGGAAUAGUUAGUGGGGAUGAAAGGCCAGUCCUUCAAAUUUCGAGAUAUUUGAAACGAGAGCCUGAAUGGGGGGAAUAGGAUGGCGGGAGUUUUUGGAGAAUGUCUUUGGAUCUAGGGAGAUGGAGAAUUCUUAUGAAGACUUUUUUGCAGAGGUUGAGAGCUGCAAAAUGGCUCUUGUGGAAUGUUCAAAAACUCCUUGGAGUUAUGGGAGAUGACGAAACUAAUUUUGAAGGAAAUUAUUCCUUGUUUAGUUGGGAUCAGUUUUGUAGGGACAAUUGAUUGCUACAAAAAGAAAUCGUUGCAAAUAUUUUGACAGUUUUUCUUUUCGAGAUUUAAUGAAAAUUAGGAGCUACAAAAAAUGUUUUGAUAGGUCCUUCGAAUGAUGAGAUAUCCAGCAAAAAAAGCUUAGUCAUCGAGGUAUAGACUUCACUACUGAAUUUUCUUUUAAUUGUAGAUAGUAUUGUUCCUUCAGUUUGGUUUUUUCUUGUUUAGGUGAUUAUUAUUUUUCGUUUUUGAAUUCUGUCGAAUUCGGCAGUGUCUUUUUUUACCUACUGGAACUUUUUCAAGAAAUAUAACAUUUGAGUUGAGAAUUAUUGUACUCUUGAGCCCUUGAUGUUCUUCCGAACUGUGGAAUACACUGAUAUUUCCAUAAUUUUUAUGUUACGUAAAUUAGUUGAUUGUUAUGUGAACGGAGAAAAUAGAAGUUGAGGGUUUUUCACAUUAGUUUUAUUUUUAUUUUUGGGGGUUACGAUUAUUUUGAUAAAUGGAUAAUGCAAUUUGUGUCAUUAGCAUCAGAAAUUUGUGCGCAUAUGUCUGUACAUUUUUUCUCUGUAUCAUUCAUCAUUGAGAUAAAUUUUCAAUUGAUGAUUGAGCAUUUGUAUCAAAUAUAAAGUCUUCAUCAACUACAUAAUUAUUUUGAUGAUGGUUGAUGCUGGGAAAGAAUCUUCUAAGGCCUUUGUUGUUGAUUAUAAAAAUUUCCACAAGAACGAUUUCUGAAAUCUGAAAAUUAGCUUUCACGCGGACUUCUUCAUUCACUUUAUCAUUAUACUGUUGUUUCCAAUAUGAAAAAAGCAACACAAAACGAUCAAUCAAUACCUCAAAUUUUCGAUUAUUUCAAUACUUUCAACACUUCAAUUCUUUCCUAGUGACACAAAUUUCACUCUGAAUUUCUAAUUAGAAUCGAAAUAGUCUUAUUUUUCACCCACCAAACAUAAAAUAAUCAAAUGUUCAAUAAAAAAAAUUGAGAAUCGAACUUCCGGUAAAUUAACGAAUCAAUCUUAUCAUGAUGCUCUGAUUAAUCAACGAUAGUCAACGGAAUGUUCGUUGAAUCCAUCAUGUCGUCUUUAUCGUCUUCCUUUAAAACUUAUUUCACAGUGAAGUGGUGAAACGACACAGAACAGAUCAAUUUUUUACAUUUUGUUGAAGAAUAAAGUAUUCCGGUAAUGACAGCAUGCCGGUAUGAAUUCUAACAUCUUUAUUAAUUUCCCAAUUAUUUAAAAAAAAAAGUGACUUUUGGAGAAAAGUCAAAAUUUCGACGAAAAAAAAAGUCCUCUGACAUUUUCUCUUAAAUCUAUUCCUAUUUUCUUGAUUUAAUUCAACAACAUAAUGUAAAAAAUGGCUCUAUUGUUUUAACACUACACUACGAAUUUCCACGUCAUGAAUAAUUCAUUGUCUGAGUUUUUUUUUUCAUCACCACCGAACUAAUUGAUUGAUUAAAAUACAUCAUCACAAAAUUACCGCCCUACACUAGAGUUUAGACUGAUGUCCCUCUUCUUUUAUACUAAGAAACUAAAUGGAAAAUGAAAAUUUCUGAUGAACUUUCUAAUUACAGGGAUCUCCACUUAAAUUAUUUAAGCUGUAGAAAAAAUGACAAAAAUACUAAAAUUACCUAAAAUGUAAAAAAGAAGAUUUAUAACGACACGUGCCUAUUAAGUUACCAAGCUGAGUGGCUAAUAAGCGAAAAAAAAUGUGAAAUUGAGAAUUAUAAAGAGUAUAAAGAUAUAAAUAAUACCUCGAUAGUGUUUUACGUGUACAGAUGAGUGAAUUUAUGAACAGAGUGAUUGGAAAAUUUGGGGCAGUCGUAUAUGUAAUGAAAUUGGAAUAUAAAUUUUGGAAUUUUAUUUUGAAAUGGUCAAACGGAAUUGAUGACCGACAUCGAUAUCAACUAUACGAUUAUUUCGCUGAUGAAUGGCUUCAGGGGAAAAUGUCAAGAGGUGUUCAGUCUAGAGAAUUGAAUUCUCUGUAGAGAAUGUCUGUUGACACUUUUAUAAACUCUACAAUUUCGAAGAUGAUCCAAAAAAUUGGAAGUUUUUCAAAAUAAAAAAUUUCUUAUAAAUUAUCUAAUUGGCUCGGGAAUUAAUGAAUUUUUAAAUUAUCUUAAGGGAAUUCUUUGCGAAGAAUUGAAUUUCCAACAAAGAAUAUCUCGAGACUUUUUCUCGUCAUGUAUCAGUUAUACUCGCAACAUCACUUCUCGAAAUAAGAACGUUUUUUCAUUUCAAUACUGGAUUCAACAAAUUAUUUGAUUGAUUGAAAAAUUAUUUUGUGUGCAAGUUGUGCACAUGAACAAAUUAUAUAUACGACUUAAGAUUUAAUUAUCAUAGAGUGAUUUAUAGAUUAAAAUCUAUAUUAUUUGUAGUAGAAGAAAAUGAGAUCAAGUAUUUUUUGAUUAUCGAGUUGAUUCGCUUUAAAAAUUGAAUUAAUCAAAUUAGUAUUAGGACAAUCAGAGAUUGUGAGAAUUCAUCAUUUUGUUUUUAUUUUCGAGGAUUUUAGAUUAAUGUGGUGGGCCCACAAUUAUAAAUAAAUGAAUUGAAAAAGCGUAAGUGAACUCGAACAAGAAAAAAAACAUGUGAUUUAAUUGAUGCGUGGAAACAGCACCAGAAGCAUUGAAAUCUGUAUAUUUUAAUGGAAUGAAGAGGCUUCAGAGUUGGGGUGAAGAAUAAUUAAUAAUAAAAGUAUAAAUUGUCAAUACU